CGGAAACGGAUGAGGCUGGAUUUAAGAAAUGGAGGGGUGGAAAGAGCGUCAGCGGACAAGCUUGGUUUCCUGAAAGAAAUAAAAGUCUGCCUUCCCUUGGCCAGGCUUUAUAGGAGCGGGCCCUGCAAAAAGAAAUACUAUUCUGACUUAGUAGACUGAAUACAAUGAAGGUGAAAAUCAAGAGCUGGCAUGGAGUUGCUUCCUGGCUCUGGGUUGCUAAUGAUGAGAACUGUGGCAUUUGUCGAAUGGCUUUUAACGGAUGCUGCCCUGACUGUAAGGUGCCUGGAGAUGAUUGUCCUCUUGUGUGGGGACAGUGUUCACACUGUUUCCACAUGCACUGCAUACUGAAGUGGCUUAAUUCUCAACAAGUUCAACAGCACUGUCCAAUGUGCCGCCAGGAGUGGAAGUUCAAAGAGUGACUCUAGCAAGAUUUCUCCCCCAGCUUCCUUUGGAUCUCAUGGAUUCACAAAGCUUGUUGAGAUUUAUCCCUUUGUGUCCCCUGAAUAUUAUACAUAGGUUCUGUAUUGCCAGAAUUACUAAUAUCAGUACAGAAUCAAGGAGAAGAAAACUGUUGUUGUAUAUUACGGUAUUUUCUCAAUGCCAUCAUCUUAUAUACAGAUUUCCCAAUGUAUGGUACCACACCAGCUGAGCUCUCAAAGUCUAUAAAAUGUGAAGAAAGUGAUGACUUUGUUGAUAUGAAGGCAACAAGUAAGCAAACCUCCAGUUUCAAUUUUAGUAGUUAAUUUAAAUGAAAUAGGAUUAUUUGUGUAAGAUAGGUGUAAGAUAGUUGUAUUUUUAUUAAGACUAUUGUUUUAAAUACUGUUGUAAAAUAUGUACUUUCAACUUCAAUGUAAAACACCCAAACCUCACUUUUUGUGAUGUGUAUUACUGAUGCCUUGCUUUAGUAUACAAAUAAAAAUUCUUGAUUUCUUGA